CAGGAGCUGGCAGGAGGGGAAUGAACCGUGAGGGCGUCCCCGGGAAGAGUCCGGAGGAGAUGUACAUCCAGCAGAAAGUGAGAGUCCUGCUCAUGCUCAGGAAGAUGGGAUCAAACCUGACGGCCAGCGAGGAGGAGUUCCUGCGCACGUACGCGGGAGUGGUGAACAGCCAGCUGAGCCAGCUGCCCCAGCACUCCAUCGACCAGGGUGCUGAGGAUGUUGUGAUGGCAUUUUCCAGAUCAGAGACAGAAGACAGAAGACAGUAACCACAGGACACGUGAACAACACCGAACUGGGGAGGACAGUGAGAUUCCUGAAGAUAGAGGAGGAUGGCUGAGCAUUAAUAAGUUCCUCUGCCCACCCUAAUUGUUCCUUGGUGUUCCUUCUCCUCUGUAAUGUUGUUUCCCUUUGCCCAACCCUCAGAAUGCAUCUCACAGCCGUCUAUUCCUGUCAGAUUUUGCAACUCAGCCGGGCUGUGUUGAUUAAGGACAAACCUAAAGGUGUGGUUUUGGUUGGCUCAAAGGGACAGGCUGUGGUUGGAUAAAGGAAGGCAAUUUUUCAAACUUGACCAAUGGAAACCUUUUAUCUCACAUUUUAUUUUAUAUUUUAAACAAAGUCUCUUGACAUCCUACUUUUAAAGAAGCUUUUCAUGCUGUGGUGCUUAUUUAGGUCAAACUUGUGAAUUUGAAGAGGGUUUGAUUUGGCUGCAUAGAACUGGAAGCAACUUGUGAUUGGGUGACAAUGCAAAAGCUUUCCCUUCAGUUGGCUUGCAGGUAUUUUGCUGACUCCAACAUUUUCAUUGCUGGAAGCUGAUGUUUUUGGUGCAUUGUUUAUUUCUUUAUACUUAUUGACUUGGGGGGGAAAAGACAAAUGUGCUUUGCAAUAUUUAUUACAUCUACACACAUAUAACGCUUGCUUUUGGGGGGUUGUUUUGGUUUUUUGAUUGGCUUUGAAGUCAUGGUUUGAUUUCCUUUUGGCUGCAGUGUUUCUGAUGCAAUCAGUUUUUCCAUACUCAGCUGCUCUCUGGCCUGGAGCUCUUUUGGGAGCAUGUGUCAAAGCAGAUUUGGUUCAGGAGGUGCACCUGGCCAGGCUGGAGGCCAGAGCUGCCCAGCCCUGGUGGGCGCUGGGGACGUGCCCAGCUCUCCUGCCUGCCCAGGGGCUUCUCUUGCCUUCCCACACAGGAGCUGGAGAUGUUCUGCAGGAAUUGCAAGAAUGAGAUCUAAGGCUGCCACAUGAAUUUGCCAAAUUUGUAUAGAGAAUAUGUGAACUUGUUUAAAAUACUAGAGUUCCACUUUAACCCUUUGAUUGCUGCACAAGACUAGCUCUCACAUUAAGAACAAUUAACGAUCAUUAAAUUAAAUCCAGCUUGCACUGGGCUUUAAUAAACAGAAGUUUCUAGUCACUUGAAAAAUUGUACAUGGCUUCCCUCCUUGCAGCUGUUUGGUGAUAGGGAAAUUCCCUGGAUGCUGGGCUGACAGCAUGUUCUUGAGGCACUGUUCCAGAGGCAGCAGUGCUGCGUUAGGCUGUCUGACACUGAGUGUACAGGUGACACUCUCAGGUUUGCUCUCUGUAGCUGCAGGGUCUUAAAACUUACACAGACCUUUACAGACUGAAAAACCUGCAGUGGAAUUCCCAAGGUGCACUGACUGUUCAGGAACCUGCACAGUCUCCAGCACUGCUGCCUAAAACCAAGCACUUCAUUUUCUCUCACGUGUGCAGGUGGUUUCAACAAAACUUCUGGAUUUUGCUGUGGGUUGCACUGACUUGGAGAUGUUUCAGAAUCUAUUAAAGCUGAACCCAAUUUACCUGUUCCUUGUUCUUUUGCCAUGAUUGUUAAUUAUUUACAGUAACAAUUCUAGAAUCUAACUGUGAGAACAUGACCAUUUUCAUGGCCAGAAAUUCUGCUGACAGGAUGCUGUUGUGGUCUCAAAACGGGGGAAGAGCUGGAGAGAAACCAUGGACUGUCUGCAAAAGGAAGAACAGACUUGUGAGCACAAGGAAGAAAUUACCUUGAGCAAAUAAAUACUGUGUAAUGAGAGCAACUGUACAUCUAUUUAUGAAAAUGCUCCUUUGGAUUCAGUUGCAGCUUUGUAAAGUUCUAUGUGAAAGUAAAUCUUUUACCCCGUUUUGUUGGGGCCAGAUAAGUAAUUUCUUUAUUAAAAUAAACCAGGAAUGAGCCCAAA